AUGACGGACCCAGAGGCCAAGGCUGGGGUCUUCCCCUCUAAGACUCCACUCAAAAAUGAAUACAGCGGAGAAGAUGUCACCGUCGCAGAAGAAGAUGGAUUGUCUAAUCCAAACCAUGUGGACCUUCACCGAGCUCUCAAGGCUCGACACAUUACUAUGAUUGCUAUUGGUGGAGCGAUAGGAACAGGCUUGAUUAUCGGAACAGGUGAAGCUCUCGCCAAGGCUGGGCCCGCUGCCAUCUUGAUCGCUUACGCUUGGGUGGGAUUCAUUGUUUACCUCGUCAUGUGCGCUCUCGGGGAAAUGGCUGCCUGGCUGCCACUGCCAUCGGGUUUCACAGGUUACGCGGUACGGUUCGUCGACCCGGCUCUCGGGUUUACUCUAGGAUGGACAUAUUGGUUUAAGUAUAUCAUUCUCUCACCAAAUCAACUGACAGCAGGCGCGCUGGUCAUAUCGUAUUGGAUACCGAAGGAAAAGGUCAAUCCUGGCGUGUGGAUCACUAUCUUCCUAAUACUGAUUAUCUCCAUCAACUACUUCGGGGUCCGCUUCUUCGGCGAAUUUGAGUUCUGGCUUUCCUCGUUCAAGGUGGUAGUCAUUCUCGGCAUUAUUCUUCUCUCGUUCAUCCUCAUGCUAGGAGGAGGCCCGGACCAUGAUCGCAAAGGCUUUCGGUACUGGAAAAAUCCAGGAGCAUUCAACACGUACAUUGAAAAAGGAGACGCCGGUCGAUUUCUAGCUUUCUGGUCUACCAUGGUUUCUGCUACCUUCGCAUAUCUCGGAACAGAGUUGGUCGGUGUGACUGUCGGCGAGGCCCAGAACCCACGACGAACUAUUCCCAGAGCGAUCAAGUUGACAUUCUGGCGAAUCCUUGUCUUUUAUGUACUCUCGGUCCUUCUUGUCGGCACUUUAGUACCGUACAAUCAUAAAAAACUCGCUUUCGCCGUUGGAGCUAGUAGCUCAGCAGCCGCAUCCCCGUUCGUUGUUGCUAUCGAGCUCUCUGGUAUUCCGGUCCUCUCUCAUAUCCUGAAUGCAUGCAUUCUUCUAUUCGUGUUCUCCGCCGCCAACUCCGACUUAUACAUCGCAACGCGUACCAUCUAUGGUUUGUCCCGUGAAGGAAAAGCCCCUAAAAUUUUCUCACGAACCGAUCGCCGUGGAAUUCCUGUCUUCGCCUUAGCUGCCAGCUCCCUAUUCUUGCUGCUCUCGUACAUGAACGUGUCGAGUGAUUCAAAGGUCAUCUUCAAAUACUUCGUGAACCUAGUGACUAUCUUCGGCCUGCUUACCUGGAUUUCGAUUUUGGUUACACACAUUUACUUCGUCCGUGCACGAAAGGCGCAGAAUGUCCCUGUUGAAAGUCUUGCAUAUGUCGCACCCUUCGGUGUGGUGGGGUCCUAUGGUGCUCUGGUCUUCUGCAUUAUCAUCGCCCUAACCAAAAACUAUGAUGUUUUCACGCACAAUGCAAAGUGGGGCAACUUUGACUACAAGAGCUUCAUCACGGCUUAUCUCGGCAUCCCGCUUUAUCUGAUUCUUAUUUUCGGAUACAAAUUCACGACUGGUUGCAAGGGUGUUGAUCCCGCGACAGCUGAUCUGUGGACUGGAAAGGAUGAAAUAGACCGCGAGGAGGCUGCUUAUCUUGCUCGGAAAGAUGCCGAGAUUCAAAAACAUGCUGGCUCUCACUGGUUCUACAGAACAUUUGUUUCGUGGCUUUUCUAA